CACCACUACUACUCACCACUCACCACCCUCUGCUCACUGCAUAAAAUGGCCGACAAGGAGCUGUACGACAUCUCAAAGCCAAAGUACGACCUGUCGACGUACGGCGGCCGCCUCGCCUACUUCUACAGCACCACAUCGCCCCUCACCCUCCUCGCCAGCUCUGCGCAGCUGGACCAGGCCGUCCGUGAUGUCAAGUACUACGAUGAGCGGAUCAAGGCGGCGGGCAAGGCAGGUCUCUGGGUCGACCGCGCCACGAAGGAGGUGUACGACAAUGCCAAGCAGCUCGUCAACUCGUCCAUCCACCCCGACACUGGCAAGCCCGUCACCCUCCCCUUCCGCAUGUCGGCAUUUGUUCCGACCAACCUGCUCAUCUGCGCCGGCAUGCUGAUGCCGAACCCCUCGCUGAAAGCCGUGAUUUUCUGGCAGUGGGCGAACCAGACGCUCAACGUGGCGGUGAACCACGCGAACGCGAACAAGUCCAUUGAAAUGACCCCCGCCGAGCUCGGCACGGCCUACGUGGCCGCGACCGCGACGUCCGUCCUCCUCGCCGUGGGGCUGACGCGCGCCGUCCCCCGCCUCCCGCUCAGCGUGGGCACGCGCGCCCUCCUCGGCCGCCUUGUGCCGUUCGUCAGCGUCGCGUCCGCCGGUAUCGUCAACAUCUCGUGUAUCCGGUGGAAGGAGAUGCGGGAUGGCGUGGACGUGUUCCAGCUCGAGAAGCGCGGUGAGGAGGAGGAGAAGAAGGACCUCGGGUUCAGCCCCAAGGCCGGGCAGAUGGCCGUCAUGCAGAGCGCUGCGAGCCGUGUCCUUACUAACAUGCCCACCCUCAUCAUUCCCCCCGUCGUCAUGACGCUUCUCGAGCGCCGCGGCGUCUUCUCCGGCCCCCGCGGCAAGACGGGCGCAACCCUCACCCAGCUCACCCUCAUCGGCCUGUGUCUCGGUGGCUUCCUGCCCCCCGCUAUCGCAUAUUUUCCCCAGCGCGCCAGCACCACCGGCGACAAGCUCGAGGAGCGCUUCCACGACGUCCCGGGCAAGAUUUACUUCAACAAGGGUCUCUAAUAAUAGAGCGUUAUAGAUAUGCAUGGACGUCUACAUCG